UGAUUGUGAAUGUGCAGCCUGUUACAAAGAGAAGUAGAACAGGACAGAUGCAUUUUCAGUGAGGCUAACCUGCAGGAGAUCUGUGUACUAGCUCAGUGUCUCAUUCUACACAUUGCGUGGUUUAAAGGGAAUUAUUGAUAUAUUUUAACUUUUACUCAUUUUUGUCUCGUCUGGACUGAAGGGAAAAAAAAAUAAAGAGUGAGAAGUUAAACUUUCGUUUCAGUUGUAUUACUGAAACAUUGACUUCUACCUGGAGCAAUGCUGACUUUAGUGUAACACCUUUGCUGGGAAUCGGGUAAAAGGCUGAGUAUAUGAAAGUUGUUGCUAAGGAACUCCUGGCACGUGCCCUCUGCCUAGUCUUACUUAAAAGGACUAGAAAUUUACCUAAAAGGACCAGAAACUCCCUUGAGAGCUGCCAUGGAGAACUGUGUCUCAGUUCGAGUAUUUUGGUGGUACAACUUUGGAACUCUGAUUGUGACUAGUCUCUUAACGGGCACAGAUGCUGGCUGCGCUGUAAGGGAAAACCCAAAAUGCUGCACAGGGAGGAAAAAUGAGUGCUUUGAGUAUUCGGUGAGGAGAACAGUAUGUUAUUGUGAUACCUACUGUCAGAAGACUGGAGAUUGUUGUGAGGAUUAUCAUCGGGUCUGUUACAUAUCAGCCAUUAACUGUGAUGUGAGCCCCUGGGGUCCAUGGUCACAAUGUAGCUCACCGUGUGGCACUGGCAGCAGAGAGAGGACCCGGCAAGUAAUAGUGCCACCCAGGAAUGGAGGAAUGCAAUGCCCAGAUCUGAAGCAGCACCGAGGAUGCCUUGGGCACAGCCCACAGUGUGGUCUAUCAGAAGCGGUAGCCAGGAUUUUGCCAAGCACAUUCAAAAGGGACUUCAAAGACCCGUGGAGAAGGCCACAUGUGGUUAUGAAGGAAGAGAAACCAAGUUACUGUGUGAAUUUCCGCCUGAAGCAGGUAGGAAGAGCUUGCCAACUCCAGCUUUGGACCAGUCAUCUUGUCCGGGAGAGACUAGUAUGUGUGGAAUGCCAGGCAACUGCCAUGGGGAAUGGAUAUCAUUGUGUGGGAGAUGGACUAGAUAAUACAAGGACAUUCUGGACAGCUGCUUCGGUCCCAGGCUGCCAAGGGUCAUGGGUUCGAGAAUCAUUCCAGGAAGCCUGCUCCUGUCCUUCGCAUUCUCUUCUUUUUAUAUGAACACCUUGUCAUACACUGCACAGUAUAUAUAGAGUGCUAAAGAACCUUACUCACUAUGACAGAUGUCUCCAGGUUUUCCUGUAAGAAAACGGAGAGGCAAAUGAAGGAAUCUUCUGAACUUUGGAGAAUAUCUUUUUACCUCAGUUUCUCUUCUAUAUAAGUACACAAACAUACAUACAUACAUACAUAUAUACGCACAGAAAUGUAUAUCUAUAUACUGUAUUCUGCUUUAUGCAACAUAAACACCAUUACGUCCAUGCCUUGCUACAAGAGCUUUCAGCUCUUUAACAUUUACUAUACCUCUGAAACUUUGCUACCUACCUCCACAAAUGCAGUUAUUACAUUGCAAAUAUCAGUUUACAUAAUUCCUAUAUUGUACACUGUUUGUAUGCCUAUCCACAGCAUAGAAUAAAUUGUCUGCCAUAUGUAAGCACCUCACAUCUGAAAUUACCCUUGGUUAACCUUAAAGUAAAGUUUAAAGCAAAUUCGUCAUCAUGAAGUGUCAUUGUUGCUUGUAACGCUCUUCCAAUGGACUUAUUCCGUACCUGCAGAGUUUAUUGGAUGGAAGCAACAUUUUGUUUUAUGGGAAGAGAACUGCUUGCACACUCAUGUCUUUUUGAUGACUUAACCUAAGCUCUGAUAUGAGUGGCUAAACAAAAACACUACUAACCAUUCUGUUACAUUUUUAUUUCAAGCUUUAAUGCAUAACCUUAUAGUAUUUAACAGAUCCACCCACAGUAUUUUGGUGAUUAUAAAUGAAGGAGAAGUGUUCAUUACUGACAUGUUAAUUGUGCUAAUCAUACAAAAACACAAAUGUUUGUUUUCAUGAAUAAUUAGAAAUAAAUGUGGGCUGAGAAAAA